UCGACAGCCCGUUGGUGACGCAGCGUGCUGUCGCCGGGUGAAGAAGUUUGAAAACAAACGCGAAACUUUUUGACGUUUAAUGUCAUCGCUUUUACUUUGGCCUCUUUCUGCCGAAUUCAGAGAAACUGUUGUGAGCGACGAGGGAGACUGAGGAGUGUCACGUGGAAGAGGCUAACCCAGCGAUGGCGUCCCCAGCAGCAUCUUCAGUUCCAGCAGUGGACGUGCCAAAUGCCGUGGAUGCCAAGGCGGAGCUCACUGCUCUCCUGGACCAGUGGGGACAGGCACAGCGAGGCACUACAGGGGACCUGGUCUCCAUCCUCACCGAAAUCUCUGAGCUGAUUGAACGGGAGACAGAGGAGUAUCACAAAGCAGACCCUGAUCCAUUUGAUGACCGCCAUCCAGGAAGGGCUGACCCAGACUGCAUGCUGGGACACAUUCUGAAGAUGCUGUUCAGGAAUGAUGACUUCACUAAUGCGCUGUUGGACAACUAUGUGAUGACCAGCAGGGAGUUGAGCCUCAACACGGCAGCCUGCCGUCUGCUUCAGAACAUCAUGCCAGGUCUGGAGAGCGCUGUGGUCUUCCAAGAGAAGGAGGGUCUGGUUGAGAAGUUGUUCAGCUGGGCCCAGGAAGCAGAGAGACCCCUGUGUGUUUACGCCACCGGCCUGUUGGCCAGAGCCAUGAGCAACCAGGAAAUAGCUGCUAACUACCGGGAGGAGAACUCCCAACUGGUCCCGCUUGUGAUCCAGCGCCUGCGUGAGCUGCAGUCUGAAGAGACCAAAAGUCACUGCAGUCUCAAUCUACCUCACAGCUCUGGAGAGGAAGAUGCCCAAACCUCGAGCUUCACUGCCACAACAGACCAGCUAGACACGAUACAGGAGGAAGAUGUGGGAGAGGAGGAAGAGAAGAAAGAAAGACAAGGAGAAAAAAGCUGUCCCGCAUGGGAGGCCAGAUCCAAACCCUCGUUCCAGCUUGGUUUUGCCCAGAAAAAUGGCGGCUGUAGCAGCAGUGGUACUUCAGGCUUGACCCGUCUGCUCCCAGGCCCUGUUUAUCAAGCAGGCCCAGACUCCGCCCCCAAGGAGACGGAGGGGAGGCAGGGAGGAGGAGGAGGAGGAGGAGGAGGAAGAAGGGCAGUUAAAGAAAAUGGGAGGAAGGCUAAACAGAAACUCAACUUCACAUCCUCUGCCUGUGGGACGGAGGACAGGGAAGAGAACAGCGACCCCAGCAGCCAGCCGGCCAACAGCACCUCCUGGUCUGAGAUGAGCUCGGUGGUGAUUGGCUCGAAUUACUGCCUGUCACCGUUGAGCCCGGCCAUGGAGCAGCGGUUGAUCCUGCAGUAUCUGACACCGCUGGGGGAUUAUCAAGAGUUGCUGGCAGUCUUCAUGCAGCUGGACACCAAUUCACUGCUGAUGAACUACAUUGACCUGCAACACACCAAGGAUGUCCAGCUCACCUUUGAUGCUCUGCUGUACCUCGCCUCGCUGCUCCUCCAGAAGAAGUUUGCGGCCGAGUUCAUCGCACAUGGAGGAGUCCAGAAACUACUGGAGAUCCCGAGGCCUUCCAUGGCGGCCACUGGAGUGUCACUGUGCCUCUAUUACCUGGCAUACAACCAGGAUGCCAUGGAGAGGGUGUGCACACUCCCAGACAGCGUCCUGUCAGACAUGGUGUCCUACGCUCUGUGGCUGCUGGAGUCGUCCCAUGCCUCCGGCUGCUGCCAUGCCACCAUGUUCUUCUCCAUCUCCUUCUCCUUCAGGGCCGUGCUGCAGCUCUUUGACCAUCAGGACGGCCUGCGCAGACUCGUCAACUUGGUGAGCACCUUGGAAAUCCUAAAUUUGGAGGAUGAGGUGUCACUGAGUGAUGACCAAGUCUUCUCCAGCCGACAGACAGCCAAGCAUACCUGCAUGGCCCUGCGCAGAUACUUUGAGGCUCACCUUGCAGUGAAGACGCAACAGGUCAAACAGUCCCUGCAGAGAUCAGAGGGGGGCACUGUGAUUCCCCAGCAGCCAUAUUACAAGGCAUGUACGUACAGCAGAGAGCAGGUAGUGGAGAUGAUGGAGUUUCUCAUAGAGUGCGGACCCCCUCAGCUCCACUGGGAACCAGUAGAGGUUUUCUACAAGCUGUCCUGUGUUCCACUAAUGCUGCAGCUCAUAUCCACAGCCUGUGACUGGAGAACGUACUAUGGCAGGAGUGACACAGUGCGUUAUGCCUUGGAUAUCCUGGCCAUUUUGACUGUGGUUCCUAAAGUCCAGUUGCUGCUGGCAGACACUGUCGAGGUUUUGGAUGAAACCAGGUCUCCUGUCUCCACCGUGGGUAUGAGUAUCAUUUUGGGUGUGGCAGAGGGCGAAGUUUUUGUCAACGACGCUGAAAUCCAGAAGUCUGCACUGCAAGUGGUCAUCAACUGUGUGUGUGCUCAUGACCACAACCUGAACACAGUGGGGGCGUCCUGCCAUUCCCAGCAGCCCCCACCUCUCCAAAACAGGGUGCUGGCCCACAUGUGGCAUGUGGUCCAGAACAACAAUGGUAUCAAGGUGCUUCUGUCUCUGCUGUCAGUGAAGAUGCCCAUCACGGACGCAGACCUGAUUCGUUCCCUGGCUUGCAAGGCUCUUGUUGGACUCUCUCGCUGUUGUGCGAUCAGACAGAUCAUCAGCAAACUACCGCUGUUCACCAGCGGACACAUUCAACAGCUUAUGAAGGAGCCGGUGCUGCAGGACAAACGAAGUGAGCACGUCCGUUUCUGCCGCUAUGCCUCUGAGCUCACAGAGAGAGUCUCUGGAAAACCCCUCCUCAUCGGCACAGAUGUCUCACUGGCCCGCCUACAAAAGGCCAACGUGGUCGCCCAAUCACGGAUCACCUUUCCUGAGAAGGAACUCCUCAUGCUGAUCAGAAACUACCUCGUAACCAAAGGUCUUCACGACAGUGCAAAUACACUUGUUAGAGAGGCGAAUUUACCCACAGGACCAUUCUGUCAAAACACCCCCACCGCCUGUGUCACCCCUACCUCCUCCUCCGUGAUUCCCCGGACACCCAGGCUAGCCAGUGGGGUCGCAGCUCGUAUGCCCAGCCAUGUUGGAUCCUCUCCUGUGUCCUCAGUUGCCGCUGCCUCACCCACAUCCUCUGUCCAAACCCGUGCCCACUCUACUCCUCACCUUUCAUGCUCCUCUUCCUCCACCUCAGUCCCUCCUCCCCCUCCUCUUCCUGCUGCUGCACCUCACGGGCAGGGCUCUCCACUGGUUGGGAGGAUCCUGUUCUCACGGGAACGUGGAGCGUCCUGUUGCAGCUCCGGGAAGAGAGCUCGUGUUCUGAAGCAGAAGUCUGAUCACGGUGCUUUCAUACAGACCCCAGCCAUGAAGAAGCAGCUGGAGCGCCACCUGCCUUCUCCCCCAUCCCUUGACAGCAUCAUCACCGAGUAUCUGAGGCAACAACAUGCUCGUUGCCCCAACCCUGUCACCACAUGCCCCCCAUUCUCCCUCUUCACCCCCCACCGCUGCCCUGAGCCCAAGCAGCGACGGCAGGCAUCACUCAACUUUACCACUCGCCUAGGGAGCAGGGUGCUAUAUCCAAAGUACGGAGGGGUGGAUAGAGGGUGUCUGGACAGGCAUCUGAUAUUCAGCAGGUUUCGUCCAAUGUCGGUCUUCCACGAGGGCGACGGAGACGAGAGCGGUUUCACCUGUUGUGCCUUCUCAGCCCGGGAGCGUUUCCUGAUGCUGGGAACCUGCACCGGUCACCUCAAACUCUACAACGUCUUCUCCGGCGAGGAGGAGGCCAACUACACCUGCCACACAUCAGCCAUCACUCACCUCGAGCCCUCUAGAGAUGGGAAAUUGUUGCUGACCUCGGCUUCCUGGAGUGUCCCCCUGUCUGCUCUGUGGAAUAUGGAUGGUGUCUUCAGCAUGAAACAGUCAUUUGUAGAUGACCACUACGUUGAGUUCGGUAAACUCACUCAGGACAGAGUCAUCGGCACCAAGGAUCAAGUCGCCCACAUCUAUGACAUCCAGACGGGUCAGAAGACUCUAACGCUGUAUGAUCCCACCCUAGCCAACAACUACAAGAGAAAUUGUGCCACUUUCCACCCCACCGACGACCUGGUGCUUAAUGAUGGGGUGAUGUGGGAUGUGAGGGCAUCACGGGCCAUCCACAAGUUUGACAAGUUCAACAUGAACAUCAGCGGUGUUUUCCAUCCUAAUGGACUGGAGGUCAUCAUCAACACAGAGAUUUGGGACUUGAGGACGUUCCACCUGCUGCACACUGUCCCUGCCCUGGACCAGUGCAGGGUGGUCUUCAACAGCAAUGCCACCAUUAUGUAUGGAGCAAUGCUGCAAGCUGAUGAAGAGGAAGAUGCUAUGGACCGUCAGAUGAAGAUUCCCUUUGGCUCUUCUUUCAGAACCUUCGAUGCCACAGACUACAAGCCCAUUGCCACGGUGGAUGUGAAGAGGAACAUUUCUGACUUGUGCACUGACUCCAAAGACUGUUACCUGGCUGUCAUUGAGAACCAGGACACGGUGAGCUUGGACACAGUGUGUCGUCUGUAUGAGGUGGGACGGCAGAAACUAGCAGAGGAGGGAGACGAUGAUGAUGAUGAGGAUGAUGAAGACCAGGACGAUGAUGACUCAUCGGAGUCCGACGAUGAUGAUGAUGACAUGGACACAGACUCUCUCAUCGUUGAGCUGGCCAACGACCAUUCAGACAACGUAGACCGACCCGACUCUCCCUUAGAUGCAGUGGUCGCUCGUGUCCUUGGUGGCAGUAGUGAUGACAACGAUAAUGAUGACGACGACGACGACGAUGAUGAUGAUGACAGAAGUAUUGAAUCUGAUGGAAACUUCCACUUCGACGACUACGACACUGAGGCCUCUGAUGAUGAAGAAACUCAGUUCAUUCGUUCUCUCCGUGACCGAAUGUUCGACUGAAAACUGCAGAGGAGCACCCCUGCAGCGCCCCCUACCUGCCAAGAGGAGCUGCUCUCAAUGUGAAUGAAUUUAUUGUAUAAGCAUUUAAAAUCGUGGACAGAGGGACUUUUUUUGUUUGUUUCCAAGAACUUUUCAAAAACACUGAUUUCACUUGACCGAGCUUCCUGCCUCGUUUCACAAACAUGCUGAAAGGAGAAAGCGUAUGUGUGUCAGUUAUGACUGAAAUAUUUAUUAAGUUUUACCUGCCGCUCUGCCAGUGCUGGAAAAUGUUUCAGUGUAGCUAAGUUGAAAAAACAAACAACAACAACAACAAAAAAAAAAACCACCUUUUUGUUUAAGUGUUUUGAUAGUUUGCUUAAGUUUUGUUUUGUUUUGUUUUUGUGGUGACACUUGAAUCCAUCGACUGUGACUUACUAUGUCGGUUCCAUGGAAACUGAGGACAAGUACGUGGUUGUAAUUUUACCUUGGAUAAUAUAGGUUUCAUUUCAUAAUCAGAACAUACAUAGUUAAAGUUUCAGUUUGCUUUCCUCAAUUCAGUUUUUUUUUUCUCAAUCAGAUUGGUAUCUCUUAGAAAACAUAUCCCGUGACUUAAGCAAACUCACAUUCAUCUUUCUCAUACUGAACAGGAGUUGAGAAAGCUGAAUUUGAAAAUGUAGUCAAAAUAGUUCAAUUCAAUGAUAAUACAAUUCACUUUCAAGUGACUGCGUUCAAGUUCAAAUUGUCUGUUUGAAAUUAUUUCAUGACUUCCUUAAACUUUGUAAUUCAGACAUGCAAUACAAGCAAGACAAAUUCAUAUUUAUGCAAUUCAAACAACCUCUGCCAGCACUCAUCUCUUACUAUGGGGAGUUUUACCUCAAAAAAAGAAAGACAUCCUGGAUUUGAGCUGGACUGCUGUUUCUGGGGCCAAGUCUCAUUUUUUUUUUCUUUUUCUUUGUGUGUGUGUGUGUGUGUGUGUGUGUGUGUGUGUGUGUGUGGGUGAUCUAAACUAGUCCUUAGUUUGUCACCAGUGGUGCAGAGGAGUGUAUGUACACAGGACUAUGCCGAGUGUGCCAACCCCUUCAAUUAAUUUCCAUAGAAACUGAUUCUGUUGAGUGGUGGCAGUACAGCAUUGGAAUAUCACAAUUAAUGUAAUAAACCAUUAACGGAAUAGAAAUUUGCAAUAUAAUUUAUUUAUUUAUGAUUUGUAGUGUAACCAGUGUUGGGAGUAACACAUUAAUGUAGUUAUAUCACUUUUCCACUGCUCAUACAUCAUACAUUGAACUGGCUUCCAAGUGCAAUUAACACUGCUGUGACUGGAACCAAGAAUAAUCCUCACAGCACUUAUCAAUUCUUACCAGAAACCAGUGAACCACAGCUCAAUGAAGACACACACACACACACACACACACACACACACACACACACACACACACACACACACACACACACACACACACACACACACACAGUGAGAGCGUUACAGAGUGCUAUAGGUGGACUGAGCAGCUGUGAUGAAAACCUGUUUCUCUAAGUGGAGCUGUACCAGGAGUGCCGGUGGAGGAUCAGCUGGGAACUUUUAUUGAAUUUGAUGUAAAAGACAAAACUGACCAGUGCUCAUGAUCUGGGGUCUUGUUCUCCUGAUGAGAACUGAUCUGGGUUUAGAAAGUAAUGCUGAAGCAAAGUCAUUUGUACAUUUUAGAGAAUAAUUAGUAAAGUAAUGUGAUUACAAAUUGUAGAAAGUAAUGAGUACUUGAUUACUGACUUGACAUGAUUACUUUUGUGAAAUUUCUCCAACAUUGAUUCUAAGUUGAAAUUAUAGUUAGUAACCAGAUUUGUCAACAGGUGACCUUUUUCCUUUCUCAUUAUUACCCAAUCAAUUUGAUUAAUACAUUGUUUUAAACUGCCUAUUUCAGCCUUAUUAGUGAUGUAAUAAAACAGUAAUGCAGUGAUAAAAGUUAUUUAUUAACAAUAGGCAGCUUUUAUUACAGUGAUGGUUAUUUAUUACAUUAAGAUUAUGACACUGUUGCACUGCUGCAAAUUGUUCUUGGUUUCACCAUCAUAUCAAAUGUAACGGAUAUCCAGAUAUCCUUCAGUUUGAUGAUAGAUUUGCAGUUGAUGCACCCAGCUUGUGUUCCCUGCUGUCAGCACAUUUUCCACUGACUAAUAUCUGGAGCAGGUGACUCUCGCUCCCCACCUCCUCCAGCUCCUCCACCAGGUUUAUUGAGUGUACCUGCCAGUUUCUCCAGCCAUAUAGAAAAACACAUCUGUUCAGGACUUGUACUGAAUACCAGCCACAUACCUCAACAGAGGACCAACACACCAAAUGCCGUGAAGCCAGGCUCAUGUACCUCUACAUUUACAUUGGACAACUUUUGAUCAUCAAUCCACGGAUCGAUCAAUCAUUAAUUUUACACAUUUUUCAAUUAUAGCCACCUCUUUCUGUUGGAAGUAAUGUAAAUAUUUGCUUAUUUCAGCGAGCCAAACAGGCUAAUUGGCAUACCAGUUUUCACCACCCCCCUGUCUUACGAUCCCAGCCAGGACGUGUUCAGGAAACAUCAGUCAUAGCAUAAGGGAUAGUGACACUGCUAAACUUAUCUCCAAGUCUAAUUUUCCGUUGAAACGAUGCAUUUCAUCGACAGGAAGAUUUUCUGAGCUAAACCUAGCUUUGAUGUCAUUCACAUUUGCUGAUGUGAUUAAGUAACUUUUUUGCCUUGGGAUUUCUAAAUCACAUUUAAUUUGAUGUUUUUAAAGCUAUUUUGAUAUUCAUUAGCUCUUUUAAACCCUGUCACUUUAGUUUUUUUUUUUUUCUUUUUUUUUUUCUGUUUUUUCCCCUCCUAAACUGAAAAUCCAGUGAUGAGUGGUGCUCUCUUGGUUAAAAACUUAAAAAUACUUUUAGCUUCAAUUGCUCAGCUUUCUGAGCACUUCCGUCAGUGCUGUAGAGAACAAGCUCUGGAUGUUGUUUCCAUUGCAAAAAGGAAUAGAAGUCAGUAUUAUAUGAGAUUCCUGUCUGGCUAGUAAUAAUUUAUGAACUGCUGGAUAAUGUAAUAGCUCUAGUGUAACAAAGGUCCCUCUACAUUAAAAUCUAAUGUCUAAUGUAAUCUGUUGACGUAAGCAUAUAUAUAUAUAUAUAUAUAUAUAUAUAUAUAUAUAUAUAUAUAUAUAUAUAUAUAUAUAUAAAGCAUCAUCAGAAACGUAUUCUACGCAUCAUCCAACAGUUUUAGCAGGUUGUGAUUACACUUUAAAGCCAUUUAGGAGGGUAUUUAAUACAUUCUGAGAAAAGUUGUUACAUUAUCCAACAGUUAUUUAAUUAUUGGGUUCUACAGUGUUUCUUGAUACACAUGGCAGAAAAUUUUGAGAAUUUUUUGUUUGGUACAACUUUUCCAUUUUACAAUGUUUGUCUCAAUAGUGCUGAACAAUAUUGAUCUCUUGUAUCUUUUUCUAUGGUGUUUUUUUUCUCCAGCUAUUUAAACAAAGUAAUUUAUGUCUUUACAACUCACACACAAAGAACAGUGAGCGACAUUUCUACGGGUAAACGACACAGCCAGUAUUUGUCAGAAGACCCUUUGUGAACAUACAUGAUGCGCAUGCUGUAAGCUGUAUUUGUUCUACCAACGUGACACAUGCUUGCAACUUAAAGACCAAGUUCACGCUGUUUCUGAUCUUAUGAAUAAUGUGAAACCGUGUCUAACAAUCUGAUUUUGCAAGACUUCACAAAGCUGUGAGGGGUUUGGAUCUUUCCUCUUGCUGUUUCGGGUAUUGUUCAAAUAUUGUUGUCCAUUUAUUGAAUGUUCUGGUGAUUGAACCAGUUAGCAGCGCUGCUGUCGGAUGACAAUGUUGCAACUCCAGAAAGUCAGGAAAUAAGAGAAGCAGCCUUGAUUUCAAAAUGAUAAGUCUUGGGGUGAGAAUUGAAUUUUGUGGGCCUGUUGUCGACGUGCACAUGAACAUGAAUCUGCCAUCUACACUUUAAAUUUAAUUAUCAGAAGUCAGUGCUGAAAUUGGAGUUGCUAUGAUUGCAUGCCACAGCAGCGUUAUUCAGAGCCAUAGAUCCUAGUUUUACAAAAUGGUAUUGUCUAUAAAAACCUCUGCUUAAAUGGUUUUAAGUGAGGACUGUCUAUGCUACAGUUAAUAAGUACUUCUUUAAUAAUAAAAAAAAAUCUUCUUA